UCUGAUUGAGAGGCCAUCGCAGCUUUCGCGCGACCGGAAUAACAAUUACAAUUGUUGCUGGCUAGCCCAGGCCCAGGUAGAGCUUUGCACGGAACGUUCACCUGCAGGCUGCGGUUGCCAAGACUAAACCUAACUAGUUCAAUGAAUGCCCAGAUCCCAGUCCAUCACCGCUGGGCCGGAAACUCGUCCUCUUUCACAUCCCACCACAUUCCGCCGCCCUCCGUAAAGACCACACAAUCACCUCGAGUUUAAAUAUAUUCACUUCUCUUUUCACGACAGACUCGUCUUACACAGUAUAAUUUACUACAUAUCUGCUUUCUGCAAAACCAGAUCUCGCUCCUUUGCUCACGCAUACCACAUCUACAUACACACACUCGAGAUGGCAAGCUCCGCCGCAACCAGAAGACUCACCAAAGAAUACAAGACCAUCGCGCAAAACCCGCCUCCUUACAUUGUGGCACAUCCCUCCGAUCAGAAUAUCCUCGAGUGGCAUUACAUCAUCACUGGUCCGCCCAAGACCCCGUAUGAGCAUGGGCAAUACUGGGGCACUCUCGUCUUCCCACACGACUAUCCCUUCGCGCCACCUGCCAUCCGAAUGCAUACUCCGAGCGGCCGAUUCCAGCCUUCAACCAGACUGUGUCUCAGCAUCUCAGACUUUCACCCAAAGUCGUUCAACCCUGCCUGGGAGGUGUCGACGAUCUUGCUUGGCCUACAAAGCUUCAUGACGAGUGAAGAGAUGACGACAGGAAGUGUGAGGGCAUCAGACCACGAGCGCAAGAUCUUUGCACAGCGCUCUAGAUGGUGGAACUCAACUGGUGGUGGUUCGAGUGGACGUACUCUGACAGGCGUCAAAUCCUCCAAUAACGCAGGUAACGGUGCUAUCAAGAACGGCGACGGUGGUGCCAAAUUUCGUAAGGAGUGGCCGGAGCUGGACGAGGAGAAUUGGAAAAUGAUAAAAGAGCAAAACAUCGACCCCGCCACUGGUAUCAUCACUAAUCCGAACGAAGCGAAUUGCUCUCCUGAGGCUGCUGCUCUACGUAGGCGACUAGGCGCCUCGGGCACCGGCUUAGGGGCUGUUGUCGAAGGUGGCCACGUAGCAAGAGAAGCUGGACAAGGCUGGCUUGGACGAAACAAAUGGCCUAUCAUCAUCGCGGCAAUAUUUGCCUAUGUCAUCGCGUCGAGGAUUCUUGCGGAGGGCCAGGGUGGAGCGCCUGCAUAGGAACUGAACGUCGACAUCACAUUGCAAGGCGUUUGAGGAAGUUUGACGUGACUGAAAUUUCGAUGGGACUCCGAGGAAGAUAUGGUGUUGUCUUUGCUGCAUAUC